AAAAUUCCCAAAUCUUCAAAUUUUUAUCUUUGAGAAAGAGAGGAAGAAUGGGAAUAAAGAGAGAAAAAUCAGAUAGUUCAUUUACUAGUGUCAUGGCACUUAUCCAAAAAUGCCAACACAAUAUACCUGAACGGUACGUUCUUCCUCCUUUCCAAAGACCAAAUCCUAGCCGUGUUGACCAAAUUUCUAACAACCACCCGGUCAUUGACCUUUCCAAGAUGAACCACCCUGCACACAGGUCCCGAAUAAUCAAUGAAGUGCGUAAGGCCUGCAACCAACUUGGCUACUUUCAGGUAAUAAACCAUGGGAUUCCUACUUCGGUGAUGAAAGAUGCCCUAGACGCUGCUGAAGAUUUCUUUAAUUUGCCAAGUGAUGAGAAGACACGUUUUGCUUCGACCGAUGUUCAUGAGCCUGUACGAUAUGGCACUAGCGUGAAUCACGGGACGGAUAAAGUGUUCUACUGGAGAGACUUCAUCAAGCAUUACGCUAAUCCCAUAUCAGACUGGAUCCAUUUAUGGCCAUCCAAUCCUCCAACUUACAAAGAGAAAAUGGGAAACUAUGCAAAGGCGAUGCAGGUGUUACAAAAGCAGUUAAUGGAAGUGGUUCUUGAAAGCCUAGGCUUGAAUGCGAAUUACUUACAUGAUGACAUUGAAGACGGUUCUCAAGUGAUGACGGUGAACUGCUACCCAUCUUGCCCGAAACCAGAUCUUGCACUAGGGAUGCCACCUCACACGGAUUUUGGUACAAUAACCAUCCUAAACCAAAGCCAUCAAGGACUUGAAAUCAUGGACCGUGACAAAAAAUGGCACCCUGUUCCGUUUAUUCAAGGUGCCUUAAUAGUUCAGUUGGGAGAUCAACUUGAAGUGAUUAGCAACGGUAGAUACAAGAGUGUCCCACAUAGGGCAAUUCUCAACAUGCAGAGGAAGCGGUUUUCAAUUGCGAGUUUACACAGUAUGCAUAUAGAGAAAAAAGUAGGACCCGCACCAGAGCUAGUUGAUGAGCAACACCCUGUUGCGUAUAGAGAAGGGAGCUUUGCGGGAUUUCUUGAUUACAUUUCUGAUAAAUCUAUAUCAAAAGGCAAGUAUAUUGACACGUUGAAAAUUACGUGAAAGAUCAUGUUCAAUGCAUGUGUUACGGUUAAGAAAUACAAUAACGAUUAGAGUAUAUUACAAAUCAUUUUAAUGUCA